AUGGCCCUUACAGCAGAGGCUGCCUCAAUCACUGGCAGCAGGAAGCCAGUGGCCCCUGGCUGGCAGAUACCUUUUAUCCUUUUAUAUUUAAACAUCAAUGCAUUAUAUAUAUAUUGUCGUCUGCUAGCUAAAAUGGGAUCAAUCAAACAACAACUAAUAUCAGUUCAUUUACUCACAUCAGCUGUCUUGUGGAGAGUCUUCUUGGAGCACAAGUAUAGCAUGAUACUUUCCUUUCUCUGCACUGAUUUUCUUACUUGCAUAUUUUGGUUUACAAUUAAAAAUGCAGGCAGUUUAUUGACAUGUUACAGGAAAGUGCUGGGGAAUGCAAAUAAUGGUCAGAGCUAUGCAUGGCUGCUUUGCCUUGACAUUGCAGUUGAACUUGCUCAAUUAGACUGCAGGAGUCUGACAAAGCACUAUAAAACACAUGCAGGUGAUAACACUGUGACAUGUAGAACAUGCCAUGCAACAUUUCCAUCAGUGGCAGGCCUGCUGAACCACCGCAAGACACAUGCACCUCCUGGCUCCUCUUCAGAUUGGGAAAUGAGUCCUGUUGCUACCAGUUCUGUUACUAGCACUGCUCCAGUUUCAAAUUUUGCUGGAGGGGUGCCUCUCCUAACUGCUACACCAGUUUCCUCCCCUUCCACAACAAACUUAAAUAGCAGUGGCUCAGAGAGUUUCCGCUGUCCAAGGUGUGACAAGCUUUUGUCUUCAAAAUUGUCUCUGGCUCUGCACACCCGUGUUCACACAGGAGAAAAGCCUUUUGAAUGUGGAGUGUGCCACAAACGUUUUACUCAGAAACCAGCACUUACUUAUCAUAUGCGACUACACACUGGUGAACGUCCUCAUAUUUGUCGCUUUUGUGGAAAAGGAUUCAACUCAAAGGUCGGCAAAGAAUCUCAUGAAAGGAUUCAUACUGGUGAGCGACCUUACAGAUGUGGCCAAUGUGGAGUUGGCUUUCGUUGCUCAGCUAAUUUACGCCAACACACCUGGAUCCACACAGACUCAAGGCCUUUCACAUGCAACAUAUGUCACAAACCAUUCCGUCGUCGGGAAGCUCUUCAGGUUCAUACACGUACACAUACUGGGGAGCGACCAUACCAGUGUCCUCGCUGUGGACGACGAUUUACACAAAAGGGCGAUAUGCUUAAGCAUGCGAGAUCCCAUGAUCGCCCAGGGGGAGGACGUGCACCAGCUGCUCCUGCUGCAACAUGUGGCACAUGUGGGCAGACUUUUGCUCAGCGGAAGCAUCUCAAAGCACAUCGUUGCCUUCUUGCCACAAAACCCACUGAUUCACCUGCAGAUAUCAUUGCCAUUGAUACUGAUGAUAUUAUCACAUUUCCAGAAAUAACAGUCGUUACUAAUGACACUCAAGACUUUGAUGUGGGGUAUGUGUCAUGACCUCCAUUGACAGUACACCUUAUGAUGUGAAAAGUGCAUAAUUCCUGGGGAUUCCACCAAAGGGGUCUGUGUAUACUCCUCUAACGGAAAUAUGUAGGAAAUACUAUUUUCCACCAUUAAUUGUGGCCUUGUGAAAAGCAGUGAAAAUUACUAUAAUUUUUAAUGUUGUUGAACAAUUCUUAUUAAGCGCCAUGAAAUUAUACAAAAGACUUAUGUAAUGCACUGCUACAUUGUGACUUAAAGGAUGUGUAGCCAGUUUCCGGUAUAUAUUAAGAAAGACUUUACAUGAAGUGAUUCACUAUGCUUGACAUUUGUUAACAAUAUUUGUAAUUUCCUUACACAGUAUUAUAAACUGGAUUUCAUCAGGCACUUUCCAUGUCUUACUUCAUGAAGCAAGAUGAGCCUCUUGAGUGCAUGAUGGAUGUUGCAGAAACUGAAAUCAUCA